AUAACCAACCCUUUAUAAAUCAUAAAUUAGGACAAAAACUGUGUUCAAAAUCCCUUCAUGUUAUUACCACCAAACACAGCCGCAGGAAAGAAACAACACAACACCUCCUGAUUUCAAGGUCCGAGGUUUUUCAUCUUUCAGGUUUCAUCAUAUCAACCUCCAUUUUCAAUUCCAGGUUACCCCUUUCUUAGUAGCUAUGGCAGUAAAACCAACAGUUGCAUUAAGAGCCAUCCUUGUUGGAGGUAUAGCGGCGUUUGCUAAAAUAGCAGGUGCAAUGAAGGCUGCAGGUGGUGUAAAGAUGGGCGCGGCUGCAGCUGCCAUGACAGCAGCAGCAACUGCAGCUGUGACUGGUUCAAAACAAGAGCAAAAAGAUCCUUCUCAACAGUCCACAAAAUAACUAUCUUUUCCAAAGUUCAAAGUAGCAUAGUUCAGUAUCUGCUAUUCGGUUAGUUGAACCGAAAGAUAAGAGGCCAUAUGCGAAUUAUAGUUUUUACAGAAGAUACUGUAUUAACCUCGUCGAGUCCUUGUAGCAAGAUUUCAUUAAAUUUGUAAAGUUCCUGUAGUUUAAGAAGUUAUGAAGAUUUGAGACAAAGCUAAACACCAGCUGAGUGGUUUUUUAAUCUAUUUUUCAAAAUUUGAAUUCGCCAAGACAUGGGUUUGGUGUGAAGUAGUUUUGUAUACAUUUGGUUCGGCUUCCAGUUUUCAAUUUUCACCUUUAAAGGGUCAUUUCACCGCAAUUUCUCGGAAGCCACAAUUAGUAGCUUCACUUUGGAUGCAUUUUUAUCAGUGUUCCACUCUGUUGUUUACUAUUAAUGGUAAGUUUUAGUAAAGGGGGUUGGAGUAGAAUGUAAUCUUUUACAAAAAGAAUAAAUUGUACACAGUAUGCACUUGAUCUUUGAUUUUGUAAGACGAGUGGAUUUACCCUAUUUAAUCUUGUCAUUGGGCUGA